UAGCUUCUUUUUCUUGAUACAAAUGCGAAUCUCUCUCUCUGUCUCUCCGCAGCCUCUUCCGGUUCUUUUCCAAGAACAUCAUUAGAGAAUUAGAUUUCUCCACUCCAAUUUAAGAGUUCACUAGGAUUGGGGUUUCUUGCUCCUCAAUGAGCCAUGAAAAUGGGAUUGUCACUGCACAAGAGAAGAAGCCUCUUGUUUCUUUUGGGGUGAUAGCAGAUGUCCAGUAUGCCGACAUUCCAGAUGGCCGUUCGUUUCUUGGUGUCCCUCGGUAUUACAGGCACAGCCUGCUCGUGUUGCAAAGAGCAGUUCGGAGUUGGAAUGAGAAGAAGGUGAAUUUUGCUAUUAAUUUUGGGGAUACCAUUGAUGGCUUCUGCCCUAAAGAGCAUUCUCUAGCUGCCAUUCAAAGAGUAAUCGAUGGAUUUGGUGCUUUUGAUGGCCCCGUGCAUCACAUGAUUGGCAAUCACUGUCUCUACAAUCUCCCCCGUGAAAAGCUCCUUCCCUUGUUGAACAUUGCUACUCAAAACAGCCGCGCCUAUUAUGAUUUUUCCCCAAUACCAGAAGUGCGAUUUGUAGUCCUCGAUGGUUAUGACAUCAGUGCUAUCGGAUGGCCACAGGAUCACCCGAACACCAUAAAAGCUGUGAACUUUCUGAAGGAGAGGAAUCCGAACUCAGACAAGAACAGUCCAAACGGGCUCGUUGGUCUUGAAAGAAGGUUCUUGAUGUUCAAUGGAGCAGUCGGGGAAGAACAGAUGGAAUGGCUAGAUAACGUUCUUGAGGAUGCUACGAAGUUAAACCAGAACGUCGUAGUUUGCUGUCAUCUGCCUUUAGAUCCCGGUGCAUCGUCUAUUGAAUCAAUGCUGUGGAAUUAUGACGAAGUGAUGGAAGUGAUACACAGAUAUAAGUGCGUUAAAGUGUGUCUAGGUGGACACGAUCACAGUGGCGGACACUCAGUCGACUCUCAUGGCGUGCACCAUUGCGUCCUGGAGGCAGCGUUGGAGUGCCCUCCCGUGAGGAGAGUUGAACUUUGAAAUAAUUAAGCAGCUGAUGAGUCAUGACUGCAGAAAGUUUAGGAGUGAUCUUGAUCUGAGAUAGCUGGUGACAGCAUUGGGAGGUGAGAUAAUAUUUUUUUAACAAUAUAAGUCCGAUUAUUAAACUCAAUUUUAUAUAUUUCUGGUCAGCAUUUAUCAAAUCCAUAUGAUAAUUUGACUUUUGGAAAGUGCCAUGCACCUCUCUGGCAAAAAAUAUUGUAUGAAAUUUCAGAUUUUUUCUCUUCCGUACAUAUCACUUUGAUAAAAUAAAUAUUAUUACCAGAGUCCUUAUCUUGUUUUUUGUUCAUCCGUACAUAUCACAUUGAUUAUAGCAAUCAAGAACUUGAUUGGAGUCAUCAUUCUCAUCUAUGCAUAUCUUCUUGAUUUUGAUUGGAAAUUCUGUGAAAUAAGGCUUAAAGAAAAGAUAAUAAAACAAAGAUAAAUUGAAAGUAUUUCAUUUGAUUUCUUGAAAUCAACAGAAAUCUGGUACAUCAUAUUCAUACAUGAUCAUAUCCAUAUAUCCUUAUUUCUAGGCCUCAUAAGAUUCUUGUCUAGCCAUAUAUGGCAUAUUACAUAACUCUAUCUCUUGUGUAUCUUAAAACAGACAAGAAUCACAACUCAAACAUGCUUGAUCAUUUUGAUGACUUGCCCUUCCUCUUGUCCAUGAAGAAGAAUCCAAGCAAGGACAAAAUGGAGAAGGCAGAGAAGCAAGCAGAGGCAAUGUCGAGCGACACAUGGCGUCCGGUGAUAGCCUCAACCUCGAACAAGUUGGUCGUCUUGUGAGCAUCGGUGGUUUGCCCGAAGGCUACCUCCUUGCCUGCAGAGUCGAGGGCGUAGGCUCGGACAAAGUACGUGGCACCGGGAACAUCCUUCCUCACUGUCCAGGUGAAGGUGGUGUUAGAAGAAGUGUAUGGCUUUUUGACAAUAUUGUGCUGGCAAGUUUUGUCCUUAGCCAACUCGUCGACCGUUUUUCUCCACCCACGGUCCUUCUGGCUGAUCGGAGCAUAGCACAGCUCUACUGUGACGUCUUUGUAGGUGGAGUCAGUCCCGGAUGGGAAGGUGGUGUUAAGGGACCAUGUCAGGGUUAUGUUGUCCUCUCCGGCCUUCAAAACUGCGUCGUUUUGUGGAAAAAAUAAGACUAAUUAGACGUGCGUUCGGUUUAGGAUGCGUGAGUUAAGUCUCGUAUUUUAUUUCAUCAGUGCAUAUGAGAUAUUGAGAAAAGGGGAGUUCGUUGGUUACCUUGUCCGGCUUGAGGUGAAGCCGUGAGGACGAUUGUUCUCUGGAGAGAAGAGAAGGUGGUGGCAUGGCUAGUGGCUAGCAAACACGAAAUCCAUAGUGAAACGACGAGGCAGGCGUUGGUAGCCAUUAAUUAGACCGUUGGAGAAAGAUAUGAGUCAGAGUUGGGUUGAGCUGAGAUGAGUAUUGGAAAUUGUGGAUGGUCUUAAAAGUGAGAUUACUCGUGCUUAUAUAUAGGAAACAUAGGAGUAAAACAUAACAAGUGGCUGAUUUUUCUAAGCAGACAGCUCUUGCAAUUGUUUUUAUGUAAUGGGAGAGAAAUGGCCCAAAAUUGAGCUCAGAGGGUGGGGUAUGUAUUAGUUAUUUAUUAGGUUUAUAGUUGACUUGUCUUAUUACAUUCUUGGAUGGUUGUAUGUAGGUGGAGUUUCAGAACUACAUAUAUUUCUUUAUUCAUGUCCAGUUUGACACUGUUUUUAUAGUUGUGACUUGUGAGGCUAUGAUGUUGGAGCCAAAUGAUUGAAGUUCAAUAAUAGCCAAAUGAUUGCCUCUUCACAAGAUGGAUUGUUUUUAUUUGGAAUACUUGAAGUAUUAAGUUUGGACAUUUUGAAAUCAUUUUCUUCUUUUGUCAAAGUUGAUUACACAUGAUAUGGAUAGACUUGUUCAAGCAAGACCUAUGCAAACAUGUUGAAUUUCUUGGCUGCAAACUGAAUUUCUUGUUCAAUCACACGAAGGAGAGAUCUGCCUGCGUGAAUUGUCUAACCUUCUUGGUGGAGAUAUGAUUGCUGGUUUAGUUGUGGUGAAAGACUUGAUCAUGUUUGUGAAAGAAGACCUUGCAGUUUCUGGAAAAGAGUUUGGUGAUUGGAGGAGCUUUUCUCUGCAUUUUGAUGCUGAUGCGAAAGCUGCGGGAUCAGCUGAUAGGGAGGGGACUUGCUGUGCCAAAUUGGGUGCAAGUUCGGCGGUCUGUAGACUAUGUUGAUUUCUGCAUUCGAUAGCAGUACUUACUUUUCAUUGAAGUGGCUGCUUGUGUGGUUUCCAAAGCUCAUAGCGAAGGUGAAGCUCACGGAAGUAGGGAUGACAAACUUGCUCUCCCAUUAAAAUUGACACGGAAGCUUAAGGGGAAGGCAUAUUGCGACCACAAGCAAUAUGCGAAGCGAAGAUGAAGGGCGGAAGAAAGAAGAAAGAAAGGCGGCAGAACAUAGACAGUAGAAGCUGAAUCUGUUACUACGGUUUUGUUAUUGCAUUCUGUUAAGUAGUUAAAGCUGAAUUUGUUAGGAAAGGUUUCUGAGUUGCUUUAGCUUGUAAAACUACUUCUUUGUAACAGAAUAAAGUAAACCAAAACAUGAUGAUGAAUGAAUGCUCGGUUUAGUGAUC